CUGUGGUGUGGCCGCAGUGAGAGGUUCUUCACGGCUUUCAGUGACAAUGGCGGAGUGCAGCGGCCCAGACAGACAUAGGGAUAGGGGCGGAUCCUGCUCCUUCACCAACAACCCGGCUGGGAAAAGCCAGGGAGCCCCCGGGACUACGGUCGGCGCUGGGGAAUAUUGCAGGAAAGUGCAGGAGUGGCUGUGGCAGUAUUACAGCUACGUGCAAUGGCAGAGCUGGCUCAUGAUGAUGGCCCCUCUCCCUCCCUAUUACCCCUUCGUCAGCGGCGGGGCCAGGCAGAGCGAGGGGGAGGCAGCCGCUGCUCCCACUCCCGGAGUUAACAGUCCCUUCCCCCUCUACCCUCCCUACCUCGGCGUUCCCACUGUGUCGCCAGCCCCGGGUGAACAACCGCAGCAGCGGGAGGUGGCAACUGCUUCGGCGAGCGGCGUCAGGCUGCCAGCCACUAAUGCGCAGCAACAGGCAGCGAAUGUGCACCCGAGAGGGCGUGAAUACACUAUUCCAUCUCUGAUGCAUCGGUUCCUUGCAGAGAUGGUAGAUUUUCUGAUCCUGUUUCUGCUAAAAGCUAUUGUGGUGCUAACAGUGAUGCACAUCUGUGGGAUCAAGGAUCUUUCCAAAUUUGCUCUAAAUUACAUAAUUGAAGAAAUUGAUGAAGACACUUCUCUAGAAGAUCUUCAGAAAAUGAUGGCUGUAGCACUGAUGUACAGACUCUUGGUCUGUUUUUAUGAGAUUGUCUGCCUCUGGGGAGUUGGGGGUGCCACACCUGGCAAGUUUCUGCUUGGGUUGCGCGUUGUGUCAUGUGACAGCUCUGUGCUGGUUGCUCCUAACCGGGUAUUGGUGAUUCCAGCACAGAAUGUCAGCAUAUCAUCCCUACGAUAUAGUAGCUGGGACCAUUGUGGUAAAGAGAAGUGGAGGAAGAUAAAGACUCUGCAAGUGACUAUAAUUUUUUUACUCUGCUCCUCCCAUUUGCUAAGUUCUGCAUUAUUCAGAAGGAGAAGAAAAGACCCUUCGCUGUCUUCACUCCAAAGUAAUGGAUUUUUUGAGAACUAAGUUGGAAAUGAAUACAUAUAAAGUACCUACGAGGAUUUACAGGAAAUGAUUUGGUCUUGGGAAGUGCUUAAGUGUAGUCUUUAAAAUGUGGAUCUUGACUGACUCGCAGGUUGCACAUCAGAAAUAUGCAUAACUUUGAAAUUAAAGUCUCAAAAUCUUCCACAAAAAUUGCAUGGCUACAUUUGAGAAAUCUCAACUUUAAAAUUUACAAUUGCUGUUUUACUUCAGUCUCCUCGUCGUGACACUUCUAUUUGUGUGUGGCUGCUGCUUUAGAAACUUCUGCUAGGGAAGAAAACGACUUGCAGCUGAUCAACUUGAAACAAUAACCAACGUGUUGUUGAUAGCUGUCAACUUCCCUCCGGAAAUAUAACUGGACAAAUUGGAUUAGUGAAGAAGUUUUAAAUCAUGAAACCCUUCUACUAAAUAUUCAGAGGAAAAGCAGAUUUGAAAAGAGCAUACUUUCAAACCUACCUUGUUUUUAGCACAUUAAAGGUUUCAAUUGUUUAUAAAGUUGAUACCUGUUCUGCAAUAGUAAAUCCAUAUGCUCAGUAUUAGAAUUAAUUCUAUUCAGUUUGAUUCCCAAAGAUUAUGUAGGAAUUUUGAAAAAUAUACUUCAAGUAACAUGUUAUGACUCUUAUGUGCAAAUUAUAUUUUUAAAUGGAUGUUCUUGCAUACUUGUGAUUUGUUUUGUUUUUAAAAACAUUAUUAUUCUUUGCAUCCACAUUGAGUUGCUUUCAUGACUGAUUAUCUUGGCCCCUAAACCUACCACCUCAAUGUAAUAUGACUUACUCAGAAAACUCUUUACUACCGGUCAUGUGCUGUUUUACACAAGACAGCAUGUUGUCUUAUGCUGUCAUCAAUUACAAAUUCAUACUGAACUUUUUUUUGCUUGAACUGGUGAUCUAUAACUCAUGGGUAGAUUUCCAUUCGGUUUAACGUCCAUUCUCAGAUACUUUCCCAUUUAAUGGUCUGACCAAAUUAUCAUUCAUGCUUGCCAAAUGCCAAUUUAUUCUGUUAGACCCUAAAUGCUGUGACAAGGCAACUGUACUUUUCCCAGCAUUUAUGAUAUUUCCUGUUCACUCAUAUAAAAGUGUUAACUAACAUGUCUUGUUUAUGGAUAUGCAUUUAAAUAAUACAUCAUUGAGGUAUUUGGAGAUAUUUAAUGAACUUUUUGUCUGGUGACAUUGUUUAUUUUUCUAAUUGAGAUGAUCUGUGUCAAAUGGUCCAUGCAACUUCUUUUUUUCCAGGGAUACUUGAUUGUUGGUCAAUGAGAAUCCUACUUAAUGUUUUUGGUAGAAGAGAGAAAGCAAUUGAAGCAUCGCAGUUCAGGCACUUUACCUACAGCUCUGACCUGCGAUUAAAAAUUGAGCUACCCUUUUGUGAUAAUGACCAGUGUGGAGUGAUGCUCCUUGUGGCUACAGUCAGAACUGUAUCAUUUGUAUUUACAGCUGCAGUCAAUAUGAACUGUAAAGCUGGCCCUGCCAGUGGCACAAGUGGUCAGCUGUCUUUACUACAGAUUGUAAUACUAGCCUAAGUGAAGGCUGCUGUGCCAUGUUGUGUAGGAUCACAAAAUCUUCAUUCAGCCCUGCCUCCACUUUUCCAGUCAAGUAGCAGGUUUAGUUUUAUGGAUUUGACAAUUUUUGUACCAGCCACUUUUAUCUAAAAUCAUUUUUUUGCAAGGUUGAAACAUGUCAAAAAUAUACACGUUUUAAAAGUUAACAGCUAUUUUAUCAUCACAUGCAGUAAAUAGCUGGAGCUCUUGUGGCAUAGUAGUAGUGUGUCCACUUCUGGAUCAAAAGGCCAGAUUCAAGUCUUCUCUAGACCGGAGAUCUGUAUGACACAUCUGAACAGGUUGAUUUAAAAACACCAUUUUAUGCAGCUAUUUGCUAUUAAAUGGCCAUGUCUUUUUAAAUGUACCCCUUACCUUGCAUUAUCUUGCCUCAUCUUUUAACAAUGCUAAGACAAUUAUUGUUGAAGCUGAAUAUAGCAUUGAGUGUGGCCAACACCCAGCAUUCUUUACAAUGCUUCAACUGAGAAAUGUUGACUGAAUUAGGAAAUAUUUUCAAAUACUGACAGCAGUGUAGGCUGUGUCUGGGAACUCAACUGUUAUCUUGAAAGGUGUGGUGGUCAACCUUUUGCCGAAAUAAUUUGUAUACAUUACAAUAUUAAACUCAUGGUUAAUGCAGA